UGUUAUCUAAUUUGGCAGACGUAUUUCGUGACCUAUAACCGUCAAUCGUUGAGCCAAUUGUUGCUAAAUAACAAGUUUUCUUUGUAGCAUGUCUGUACGUACGUGCGUAUACAUGUAUUUAUUUUUAAAAUAUCACAUGCUCAGCUCUUCAUUUUACCCGCACAGCUGAUAUAAUGACUGAUAAAAGUCGCAAUAGAUCUGCAGUUAUUUCUCACUUGUUGCACUAUUCCUGAUGAUUCAAAUAUUGGGAAGCAGUAAUUUUUUUUUUUCAUCUUCGAAAUUCAUUACACUGACCUUUGUUGAAACGUUCAUGCAUAUUUCCGCACAACAUUAGCUGGACAAUUGCAGUUCCUCGGUAAUGAGAGAAUUGUGACACAGUCAUAGUGAUAAAAUUUUUAUGUAGUAAUACGUAUAUACACUCUUUAGUUUUAUCUACUAUAACUUUUAUAUACUCGCUGUUCGCUAAACUCAAAAUUGGUGGAGGUGACACUCACUUUGGACAUUCUAUUUCUAGAUACGGAACACCUCUAAUUGCCCUUUUAUUGCAGCCAUGAGAAGUGUAUUUUAAUUUUAACUUCUUAGCUGUCUGACGAUGUAUUUCUCUAUUUGAAUGUCAAUCGGUAUGUCACAGUAUUGUAGCUGAGCACUAUUCAUAAUUUAUAAACUAGAUUCUUAGUGUUCUAACAAAAAUUAUAAAGUCUCAUCACCCCCUACAAUGGAUUGUUAUAUUUAAUACCAAAUAUAUAAUAGACAUUCUCGUUAUCCAUACUAACAUGUCUAAUGUUACUACUGUAUUUACUUAAUCCUAUCAUUUUCCAGAAAACUUUACUUUAUUCCAACCGGCAAAACGCACAGUUAGAAAAAUAUACGAUAACCAAAUUAAUGCAUAACCAGAAAAAUGGUCACUAAGAGUGUGGCGGAAUGGACAACCCAAGAUGUUGCAAUCUGGUUGGAAGAAAAUGGUCAUUGCCGAUUUAAGGACGCUUUUGAAAAUGUACAUUCAAUAGAUGGCAGAGCACUCUUGACCCUAACGGAAGAGGAUCUGAAGCCUGAAGUGAUGAGUAUCAGAUGCAUUGGAGAUAUCAAAAGACUGCACAUCAGUAUUAAACAGUUGCAAAGAGACAACAUCACUACUUUGUACGAGUUGGGACAGAUCGACUUGUUCCCAUCGACCACUUACUAUACUCAUCAACGCCAAGAUGUACCCAGCAAUGGAGUGGUUAACAAUGACGCCUCCAUGGAACACGAGUCGUACUCGGCAUCCGUGUCUGAAGAUGGCCAAGCAUCUCAUCUACCACCAGAAAUUUGGAAAACUUUCAUAAGCUUAGGGUACCUCUUCAUUGUCACAUGGAUCACUGCCUUCGUUAUGGUCAUUGUUCACGAUCGAGUACCUGACAUGAAAAAAUACCCACCAUUACCAGACAUAUUUUUAGAUAAUGUUCCACACAUACCGUGGGCUUUCGAUAUGUGCGAAGUAACAGGAACGUUACUGUUUGCGAUUUGGCUGGUGGUGCUUAUCUUUCACAGAUAUAGGUUUAUAUUACUACGAAGAUUCUUUGCCCUGUCCGGGACAGUCUUCCUUUUGAGAUGCGUAACCAUGCUCAUAACUUCUCUGUCUGUACCUGGUGCUCAUCUGCAGUGUCAGCCAAGGAAGGGGUCUGAUGAAGAAUGGUCGGGGUAUGCGACUGCGUAUGGUGAACUCUACAACAAGAUAUCUAUGGCGUAUGUAAUCUGGAGAGGCGCCGGUAUGUCCAUUCAAGGAGUUCGAACUUGCGGUGAUUACAUGUUCAGCGGGCAUACAGUGGCAUUAACUAUGUUGAACUUCUUCAUAACUGAAUAUACAUCAAGGCAGUUGUACUUCCUGCACACGUUCACGUGGAUGCUUAAUAUGUUUGGAAUAUUUUUUAUUCUGGCAGCGCACGAGCACUACUCUAUCGACGUGUUUGUUGCAUUUUACAUAACUUCUCGACUCUUUUUGUAUUAUCAUACACUGGCUAACAAUCAAGCCUUAAUGCAACGGGAUUCCAAUCGAACAAGAAUUUGGUUUCCACUGUUCAGCUUCUUCGAGUCGUCGGUUGACGGGAUUGUUCCAAACGAGUAUGAAUCCCCUUCAGAGAUCAUUUGCAAUUUGAUAUGUGCCGGAAAGGAUGCGUUCAAUUUCGUUCAUUCUCACAUCUCGUUUCACAAAGCCCAGCUUUGCAACAACGUUGAGGAAGUUCCGUCGAAUGGCAGAGGCGGCGAUAGUGGUAAAAAAAAGAAACUUUAACGUUACGUCAAUUUUUACAAGGUGUAUUAUAAUAUUACGAAUUUAAAAAAAUCGUUAUUCCUUUAGUGAACUUCGCUUUGUACGUAUGCAUGAAUCCAUAUGUGAGUGAAUUGUAUGCAUAUUGCCGUUGUUUCUGUAAUCUCAAUGAGACGCAUUCGAUCGAUUCGGAGAUGUCUCUGUUUAUCUAUUACUUAUUGUGUAAACGGUCAAGUUUCGCACGUAUCAGUUUCAACGGCAAUAUAUACGGAACUGAUGAUCACAUUCCCGUUAAAUGCUAAUCUUUUUACUACGUAGUUAGUAUACAUUGUAUAUUCUAGUCCAAAAUGAAAAUCAUGGUGCCGUAAAUAUCACGUCGACCUAAAUUGAUGAUAAGAUAUUUUUAGAAAUACUCUAAUCAGCUUGGCUACAAACUAUUUUUAUACGUGCAAACUAGAAAAACAUGGAGAAAAAUGGAAAAUAAGAUUUGAUAGACAGAGGAAAAGGAAAUAUGCGCCCACGAUGCUUAUCCGAUAUAUUUUAAAGCAAACACUUCGUGCUUUAACAAACACAAUUUUAUAAUCACAUUUGUAGCACCCUAAAUAUAAUAUGAUAACAUUAUUAUACUAUUCGCUCACUAUGUCAUUAUUGAAAUGAGAAAUCUAGCCUAAAUUAUUUGUUUAUUAUGUUGAGACGUAAAGUAAGUCGCACAAUUACAAUUUACCUUUGCCAAAUAAUGAUACAUAUAUUGCUAUUGAGCCAAUAGAGCACAAAGAUCAUUAGUUAUACAUAUUUAGUUGUGUAUAUAUACGUAUAGGUUUUCCAUUUGCGAAAUAUAUUAUUUAUAGACUGAUUCAUUAGCCAUUACAUCUUGAACAAAUUUGCUGUAACAUUCUGACUAUAAGUUGAAGUUUGAGAAACUGGAUAGAAUUAGAAUAAUUGCUAUUCGACCGCAGACACGGUCACUAAUUCUCGAGUGAAUUGAGAAACUAUUUUCAAUAAGUAAUUAAAAUUCAUAAGGUUAAAGAUUUUAUACCGGACUUCUAGUUUAUAGCGUCAAUAAAACAAGUGUUUUUCAAA